AUGCUGCAACGAAUUUGCUUCAGAGAGAUGAGAAUUUCUUUGAACCAAAGUUUCAUCCGUAACAACAACAAGGGAAUAUUGUUGAGUCAUGUAAACAUUUCCACCAAGUCUUGCAUAUUUAAUUUACAUGCCUACAACACUCCAUCUAUUAAGUGUUAUCACGAUUGGAACGCAUGUCGGAAAGAUCAUUCACCUAAUUUUUCGGGAUUUGCCCACUUGGAAAAUUCAAACUAUUUAAAUAAUACAAUUGAUCCACCUCGUAAUAUCGUGUAUAGUGAAAGAGGGUUGCAAGAAGAAGAAUUUUAUGACAAUACUGAAGAUGGAAAAGAUUCCAAAAAGAAAUUUAUUCUCAUUAACGGAGCUGAUAUUGCAGCAGAACUGAGAGAGGAAAUUAAAAGAGAAAUUGAAGAGCUUGUAGAAAUUCAAAAACUCGGAGGAACUCAAACAAAUGAAAUUUUAAAACCGGGAUUGGCUGUUGUGAUGGUUGGUUCUCGAAAGGACUCCAAGAGUUAUGUCGAUAUGAAAGAACAAGCUUGUAUUGAUGUUGGAAUCAAUAGUUUCAAAAUCCAUUUUCCAGAAGAUGUGACUGAGAAAGAGCUUAUCCAAACAGUACAAAAACUUAACAAAGAUCCUCGAGUUCAUGGAAUUUUAAUUCAAUUACCAUUACCUGCACAUUUAAAUGAAGAAACAAUUUUAGAAAAUAUUUGUAUAUCCAAAGAUGUCGAUGGCCUCACAUCCUAUUCGAUGGGAAAACUCUCCAUGAAAGGAAGAACUUUAGUAGAUGGCGUUAAUUUCGUGCCAUGUACCAGUUUAGGAGUUCUCGAACUAAUUAGAAGAACUGCAUUCAAGCUCAAUAGAAAUUUAGAAGGCAUUGACGCCUUAGUGAUUGGAACGAGUAAUAUAGUGGGAAUUCCUACGGCACUGUUGCUCCUUAAUCAUUUACAAACUUCAAUCCAAAUGGCUCAUAUCAAAUCACAAGACAUUCCAGAAAAAGUGAAAAAAGCAGACCUAUUAAUUGUCUCCACUGGUUGCGCAGAGAUGAUUCAGCCUGAAUGGAUUAAACCUGGUGCCAUUGUUAUCGAUGUAGGUCAGUCUCCAGUUGAAGAUGCCACAAGCGAACGCGGAUACAGAAUGGUGGGAGAUGUGAAAUUUGAUGAUACUCUCAAGAAAAGAGCUGCGGCUGCAACUAAAGUGCCAGGUGGAGUUGGACCAAUGACCAUCACCAUGCUACUUCGAAAUACUUUGCAAAGUUUCAAAGCAAAGAAUCCUCAUACAUGA